GUUAAGUGACCAAAAAAAAGGAAGGAUCAAUAUGUCUUGUAGAGAUAUUGAACCACUUAUUGUUGCAAGAGUGAUUGGAGAAGUAGUUGAUAGUUUCAAUCCAAGUGUGAAAAUGAAUGUGAUAUAUAAUGGAAGCAAACAAGUGUUUAAUGGUCAUGAACUCAUGCCUCCUAUCAUUGCUUCUAAGCCUCGUGUGGAGAUUGGUGGUGAAGACAUGAGAUCUGCUUAUACACUCAUCAUGACUGAUCCAGAUGUUCCAGGUCCUAGUGAUCCUUACUUAAGGGAACACCUCCACUGGAUUGUGACAGAUAUUCCUGGUUCAACUGAUGCUUCUUUUGGAAAAGAGAUAGUGAGCUACGAUAGUCCAAAACCAGUGAUCGGGAUUCAUCGAUACGUGUUCGUAUUAUAUAGGCAAAAUAGAGGAAGACAAACAGUGAAACCACCAGUAACAAGAGAUCAUUUCAACACUCGAAAAUUUGCAGCAGAAAAUGAAUUCGGUUCCCCUGUUGCUGCUGUCUACUUUAAUGCCCAAAGAGAAACUGCUGCUAGAAGAAGAUGAACGUUAUCCAACUACAUCAACAUCAACAAAUAAAAAUAAAAUUCCGCAAAUUAAAUACCGGUCUGUACUAUCAAGACCGAUAUCUAAUUAUAUUAUAAGACCAGUAGCGUACGUAGAAUUUUUUUUGUUUGCAUUUAAUAACCAUAGUCAUAGUC